UAAAAAUAAAAUGGAGAGAGUUCUGGCAAAAUUAGCAAAAAUUCGUUUGCAACUUGCUAACUUUCGUUCCCCUUUCUUCAUCUACUUCUUCUACUUCUUUUCCUUUUCGCUUUUAGGGUUCUUGGCACUCAAGGUCUCAAAGCCAAGAACCACUUCACGUCCUCAUGACUUGGAUCUCUUCUUCACUUCAGUCUCCGCAAUCACUGUAUCUUCCAUGUCCACCAUUGACAUGGAGGUCUUUUCCAAUACUCAACUGAUCAUCAUCACUGUCCUCAUGUUCCUCGGUGGAGAAGUCUUCACUUCUUUUCUCGAUCUCUACUUCUCUCAUUUUAGCAACUUCGUCUUUCCUCAUAACAAAAUUAGACAUCUUAUGGGCUCCUUAAAUAUAAAGCCUCCGACAGAGGAUCGGCGUCGCGACCUUGAGAAUAUUACAGAUCAUCUUAAGCGUCCUAGCCAGAUCAAUGAAAGGGCGUCUAAGUAUUUGUACUCGGUGGUUCUUGGUUAUCAUCUUGUUACAAACCUAGCAGGCUCCGUUUUAGUUCUUGUGUACGUAACCUUUGUUAAGACGGCGAAGGUUGUUCUUAGUUCCAAAGAAAUCUCACCUGUUACCUUCUCCAUCUUCACAACGGUCUCCACUUUUGGAAACUGCGGGUUUGUCCCGACAAAAGAGAACAUGGUCAUCUUUCGCAAGAACUCGGGUCUUCUCUGGCUCUUAAUUCCUCAAGUAUUCAUGGGAAACACAUUGUUUCCUUGUUUCUUAUUUUUGCUCAUAUGGGGGCUUGAUAAGAUCACGAAGCGCGAGGAGUUUGGUUACAUUCUCAAGAAUCACAAGACAAUGGGAUACUCUCAUUUACUCUCCCUUCGUCUUUGUGCUCUUCUUGGUUUGACGGUGUUAGGGUUUGCGAUGAUACAGUUUUUUGUUUUCUGCACCUUUGAAUGGAACUCUGUGUCUCUUGAAGGAAUGAAUCCGUACGAGAAGUUGGUUGGUUCGUUGUUUCAAGUGGUGAAUUCCAGACACACUGGAGAAAACAUUGUUGACCUUUCUACGCUAUCCCCGGCCAUCUUGGUACUCUUCAUCGUCAUGAUGUAUCUCCCUCCAUACACGUUGUUUAUGCCGUUGACCACCAUAGAGAAGUAUAAGGAAGAGGUAGAGAGUCAUACUGGAAAUGAAGGGAAAAGAAAGAAGACUGGAUUCUUCGUGUCACAACUUUCGUUUUUGGCAAUAUGCGUCUUUUUUAUUUCAAUCACUGAAAGCCAAAAUCUACGACGAGAUCCACUCAAUUUCAACAUCCUUAACAUCACUCUCGAAGUUAUCAGCGCAUUUGGAAACGUGGGGUUCACGACCGGUUACAGCUGCGAAAGGCGCCUAGACAUCAACAAUGGUAGCUGUAAAGACACCAGUUAUGGGUUUGUUGGACGAUGGAGUCCCAAUGGAAAAUUUAUACUUAUAAUAUUAAUGUUUUAUGGUAGAUUUAAGCAGUUCACAGCCAAAUCGGGUCGACCAUGGAUACUUUAUCCAUAAAAUGAUAUAUAUAUAUACAUAUGUAAUUUAUAUAAUACAACUAAUCUUGUAACUGAUCCCGCCAUUCUCCUUAGCUAAUCAGUUCAUGUACAGCUCAGUCUCGGUUCCCGUCAGAACGUAUACAAGUCAGUCCACACAUUGACUAACUUGUCUCGGAUGACAAGACCAGAUUCCUUCUCUGAAUCCGU